AGGUGACUCAGGGUUUAGGAGAAGCAGGAUUUGAAUUCUUGUUUCCAGAAACAAAGUCGCCCCCUUCCCCCCUCCCCCCGCCGUCCCCUCCAUUCCUUUGCCCCUUGUACUGGAAGCUGAGGAGAGAAUGUUUCAGUGCUGUUCCCCUCGGGCCUUGGGACCACCUCCUUGCAGUGGGACUCAGGGUGUGUGAGAGGGAGUGAGGGCCAGCGGAGGGCCAGCUGCCUGUGGGGCCCAACUCACGUGGGGACCUUGAGGCUCAGAAAUAGAACUGAAGACAGAACCCAGUUGCCUGCUUCUCAUUUGAGGACUUUUCUCAUUGUUCUACUGGGCACUCAUCAGAGGGAAGCUAUUUUUCCACAAUUGGUUUUAUGUACUUCACAUUGAAAUGAUGAGUCCUCCGUCCAACUGACUACGUGAUACUGGGCGAGUGGAGCUGAAAGCGACCUACCCGGGACCGCUGCGCUGGUUAGCGGCUGAGCUGGGGCAAGAAUCCAGGUGUUAGUGUGUUCCUCUUUUUCUUUUGAGUUCCUGUACCAGUCUCCGGGAUCUCAAGACGCUAGCAUAGCAGUUUGCUGAACCUGGUGUCCACUGACCAUUUGAAGAGCUAGUUAUCUGAGUUUCAGAUUCCGACAAUGUCUCAUCCGUCUUGGCUGCCACCCAAAAGUACUGGUGAGCCUCUUGGCCAUGUGCCUGCACGGAUGGAGACCACCCAUUCCUUUGGGACUCCCAGCAUUUCAGUGUCCACACAACAACCACCCAAGAAGUUUGCACCAGUAGUUGCUCCAAAGCCCAAGUACAACCCAUACAAACCUGGAGGUGAAGGUGAUUUUCUUCCACCCCCACCUCCACCUCUAGAUGAUCCUGGUGCUCUUCCGUCUGGCUCUGGAAACUUCCCUCCUCCACCACCCCUUGAUGAAGGUGCUUUCAGGGCACAGCAGGGAAAUCCUGGAGGCAAGACACUUGAGGAGAGACGUUCUAGCCUGGAUGCUGAGAUAGACUCGCUGACUAGCAUCUUGGCCGACCUUGAGUGCAGCUCGCCCUACAAGCCUCGGCCUCCACAGGGCUCUACUAGUUCGACUGCCUCUCCUCCAGUCUCUACCCCUGUCACAGGACAUAAAAGAAUGGUAAUACCAAACCAACCCCCUCUAACGGCAACCAAAAAGUCUACAUUGAAACCACAGCCUGCACCCCAGGCAGGACCCAUCCCUGUGGCACCAAUUGGAACACUAAAACCCCAGCCUCAACCAGUCCCCGCCUCCUAUGCUACGGCGUCCACCCCUUCAAGGCCUGCCUUCAACGUGCAGGUGAAGUCAGCCCAGCCCAGCUCUCAUUACAUGGCUGCUCCUUCAUCAGGACAAUUUUAUGGCGCAGGCGCAGGACCCCAGGGCUAUAACACUCAACCAGUUUCUAUCUCUGGGCAGUGCCCACCUCCUUCAACACGGGGGGGCAUGGACUAUGCAUAUAUUCCACCACCAGGACUUCAACCGGAGCCUGGGUAUGGGUAUGCCCCCAACCAAGGACGCUAUUAUGAAGCCUAUUGCCCAUCAGGGCCUGGCUAUGGGGGCAAAAAUGACUCUGAUCCAGCUUACGGUCAACAAGGGCAUCCGAAUACGUGGAAGCGGGAACAAGGGUAUACUCCUUCUGGAACAGGAAACCAGAACCCAGCCGGGAUGUAUCCAGUUACUGGGCCCAAGAAGACCUAUAUCACAGAUCCUGUUUCAGUGCCCUGUGCACCGCCACUGCAACAAAAGAGUGGACAAACAGGAUCCAUGGGGCCUCCAGCUGUUCCCCCUUCAUUCCGCCCUGAAGAUGAGCUCGAACACCUAACCAAGAAGAUGCUGUAUGAUAUGGAAAAUCCACCUGCUGAUGAAUACUUUGGCCGCUGUGCUCGCUGUGGGGAAAACGUAGUUGGGGAAGGGACAGGAUGCACCGCCAUGGAUCAGGUCUUCCACGUGGAUUGUUUUACCUGCAUCAUCUGCAACAACAAGCUCCGAGGACAGCCCUUCUAUGCCGUGGAGAAGAAAGCCUACUGUGAGCCCUGCUACAUUAACACCCUGGAACAGUGCAGUGUGUGCUCCAAGCCCAUCAUGGAGCGGAUCCUGCGAGCCACCGGAAAGGCCUAUCAUCCUCACUGCUUUACCUGUGUCAUGUGCCACCGCAGCCUUGACGGGAUCCCAUUCACCGUGGACGCUGGUGGCCUCAUUCACUGCAUUGAGGACUUCCACAAGAAAUUUGCCCCCCGAUGUUCUGUGUGCAAAGAGCCUAUCAUGCCGGCCCCGGGCCAGGAGGAGACUGUCCGGAUUGUGGCUCUGGAUCGCGAUUUCCAUGUUCAUUGCUACCGGUGUGAGGAUUGUGGUGGUCUCCUGUCUGAAGGAGAUAACCAAGGCUGCUACCCUCUGGAUGGACACAUCCUCUGCAAGACCUGCAACUCCGCCCGCAUUAGGGUGCUGACGGCCAAGGCCAGCACUGACCUUUAAGUUCAGUUAGUUGGUGGCGCUGAGAAGAAUGAAACACAAGAAACAAGAUAAGAAAAGACAUGGGAAAAAUACAGGAAAGGCAAUCAAACCGUGGGAUGGUCUCUGUUCUUCGUCUAAUAUUAACCUUUCUUUAGAAACACAUAGAUUAUGAGAUUUUUUUUUUUUAAGUUCUCACCAAAUACACAUUUCACAUUUAAUCAUGUAGGACCUUGAUGGGCCUUUGUUCCCAAGGACUUCCACAUUUUUGCACGGAUUAUACUCCAUCCCAUUCACUUCUGCAUUCCUGUAACUUUUAAUCCCUAUGUUUGUCUCACUUUUCAUCUGGUUGAAUGGCUUUUUUUAGUGUGGUAUUUGCUGUCACACAGUUUUUUCCUGGGUGAGUCUGCCAACUCACAGGUGCUUUUAGGCUUGAAGGUCUCAUCCUAUCACUUCCACAUUGCCUGUGAUCAUAAAGGACAGCCAUUCUUUCUGUGUGUAUUGGAAAAGUACAUCUUUCUGUUGCUGUAAACCGGUCAUGUCCCUUGGGGUGGGGGUGGGGGGGGGUAAAAGUGUGCAAUGUAUAUGUUAGGCAACAAAGAAUUUAAGCUGUAAAUGACAUAGUUUAAAACAAGCACCUACUGAAUUUGCAACCAAAUUUGAUUGGAAAUUCAAAGUCUAUAGUGAUUUUGGUGCUCAGGGCUCAUUUGAAAACAGUUAUUGGUGAGAUCCAAACUUCAAUUUUUUUCUGAGGGAAUUACAGGUGGGAUAUGCUGGGGGAAAAAAUUGGGGGGUAUGUUUGAAAAGCCUAUUAUUAUCUCACAAUAUUAUCUUAAGAGUUUCCUUUUCCAUGCUACCUAGACAUAAUAAUACAGACAAAUUUUGUUUUCUAUAGAACAUAACACUUCCAAAACCAUCCCACUUUUCAUCUGAGAAAUAUUGCUGUGUUGUUUGUUUGUUUGUUUAUAAUAUCCAAACACAACUACCAAAGUUGAGUUUUUCCAGGAGGGAUAUUGCUUAUAAAGAACUGUUCAUAUUCUUCCUUUUUUUCCCCCAGGCUCAGGUCCUUUUUGCCUGACAACUGCAAAUCAGAGCACACAUAAUAAAAUCGUGUAGUUUGUUUAGUUUACUUUUAAAAAGACAGGAAAGCUUGAAAAGAUUGUGAAACCACAGUUUCAUUACUCUUGUAAUCCUGCUAUAAAUCCAAUUACAUAUUGCAGGAGACAUUUUCAUAUCAUCGAUGUGACAUUUACACCACACUUUCAGACAAUCGCUGAAAAAAAAUUGCCUUUCUGAGCUAAAAAUAUGCAAAGUCUCUGCCUGGAAUCUUUAUUCAAACUCUUACUGGGCAUUGAAAUGCUUGCUUGCCAACUGCAGAACCAUUCUUUUGGGUUCUAAUUCGUUUCUUUUAAAGAGAGAUGCCCAUCUUAAUAAUGGCAGGUUGCCAUUUGUAAACUAGUCAAGUAUUUUGGAUUGAGAUUUCUUAAACGUUUCUUCAAAUCUUCCACAAGUAUAUACUUUUAAAUUAUGAAGUAUUUUAAAUAUACACAAAAGAAUAAAUAAUAAUAUAAUGAAUCCCUGUAUACGUGACACCAGCUUAAGAAAUCAAAUAUAACAGAUACAGAUCCAUUCCCUUGUGCACCCGUCCCUGAUUCCACAAAUAGCUUUCUCCUGAUUAUAAAGUGAUAAAGUCAAUUUUCUAGUCUGACUUUUAUUUUAAUUUUUAACACUCAGAACAUAAAUGAAAAAUUAUUUGUGCAUGUUUUAAAUUAUAACCCAUGCCUCAGGAAUUCCAAUUACAUUUAUUUUACUUUAGUAGAAAUAAUUGUAAAACUGGUUUGAUUUUCUUGUUUUCAAUAAGAAAUUCUUAAGCCUUUGGUCCUUAGCUUCAUCUAAGUUAAUUUGCGGCUCAUUUGCCUUGCUCACCCAAUAGUUUUGUGUUAGAACUGCCGACGUUAUGGCUUUCCAAGGUUUUCCCAGAAAACUUUGUCCUUUCCCUACUUUGCUACUCUUGUCAUUGGUCUUUUAUAUGUUUCUUAAUGUGAAAUACAAUGGGAUUCAUUUUGGGCAGCAUGUGAAUUUUAGGAUACAAUAGUGACUGUAUCUCUGAAUUUCUGUCUUCCAAGUUCAAGAUCAGACCAUGCUGAUGAUCUCAAAGAGCACUGACUGUUGGGCAGUUGGAGAAAGAAUAUAAUCUGCUUGAAUUGCUCCAGCAAUUUGUUGUCUAUGAAAUACUUGGGGGAAAUUGUGUUUAGGCCAAAAGCCCAAUUUAUUGAGAGAUGGAUGUUAUCUCUUGAAGUGCAGUCAUAUUAUUAUAAAUUUUGCCAAAAGAGGAAAAUUUAUGAAAUAUUUAUGCUAUAAAGAUGCAAUAACAUUCUACUUGUUUGCUACAUUUAAGUCCUUAUGUAACUAAAUGUUUACAAGCCAAAACAUUUUAAAAAGAGAGAGAGUUAUAAGAAAAUGCUGUCACAGACCCAUCACUGUGGCAUUGCCAGAAUACUGCUUGCUUUCAAUCUUUAUAGUACAUUUUUAUCACAUAACCUCAGAGUAUCUUUACCAAAGAGUUUUAAAGUAAAUCUCUUUUUAAUAUAGACCUAUUAUACUUUUAUAAUAAUGAAUGUGCACACAUACAUAUGCAGAAAUAUUUAGAUUUAGAUUUCUUUUCUUUCACAAGGUAUAUUAAGGAAAGGAUCCUACAUAUUUUAUUCCGGGAUUUCUUAAUUAUAUGAUUUAUAUUGCUUUCUUGUCUUUUCUAUUAAUCAUUUGGUUUAAACAAUGCCAAAUCACUCUUUACUGUUCUAGUUACGUGAAAUUUUGCCUAUAACAGAGAUAGAAAGAUCAUACUACCUUAACAAUUAUAAUUCUUUUGUCUUUUGAUA